AUGAAAGUUUCCUGUGGGAAAGCAUCCAAGCAACUGCUGGUCGAAGGAUCUCUGCGCAAAAGCGACGACAUCAGAGUGCUUAUGCAAAGAGCAAUGGAAAUUAUUCCUGUUCGAAAAUCGACAUUUGCGACUGGGGCUUUGUGGCUGUUGGUUACUUGCCUGCUUCUGCUGCUGGCCGCGAACACAGGGGACGCCGCUCCGUUCUAUUACGGCGGCAACCGCGGGUACGGGGGCUACGGCGGCGGCGGCUACAACAACCCUGGCUACGGCGGCGGAUUCGGCGGCUACCGACAGCCGCAUCAGCAAUUCCAGCGCCAAGAAUCUUUCGAGAACAGCAAGACGUCUCUCAACGGCGGCCUCGCCGGCAAGUUCGAGCUCGGAGGCGGCCUGAACUUCAACCACGACGCCGUCAGGGGAGCCACGAAUUUCGCCCAGGGCAUCUUUGGUCGCCGGCGCUGAGAUUCGGGAGUACAGUACGUCCGUGGAUAUACAGUAUGGUUUGGCCAGAGCCAAUAGUCAGCCAAAUAUUGCCUCUGAAUGAGAAAAGUGGGGUUUCUCCUCUUAUUAGGCCUUAUUAUUCCUGCUCAUCAACUUUGUAUUUUAUCCGUGCUGGAGCCGACUCCUGUGUAUGAAGAUGAGCGUUCCCGCGCUGGAUUAUUAUUUUAGCAUCACCUGUGUAUACAUAGUGUGGUUCUAUACUGUUAUUCUUGCCUGUGUUAUUUCCUGUGGUCUAUUUCCAUUGUGUUAUUGCUCGAAACUUGGACAUAAAAGACUGAGAGGUGUUGUAAUAAAAAUAAAUACAGCCUU